AUGGAUGAAGAAGGUACUUUAAAAGUGCCAGAAAAUUUUAAUAUGUCUAAAAUUAAUAUUCCAGAAAUACCAGAUGACAUUAUUUUCCCAGAUGAAUUAAAUAGACUUUUGAGAGAACAAAUCCGAUACUACACACACGAAAAUGGUAUGCUUCAGAAAAAUUUAUCAGAAAGUGAAUUCAAAUAUAGUACUUGCAAAAGUAAAAUUGCCCAAUUAGAAUCAAAGUUGAAAAUGUAUGAGAAUGAUGGAAAAAGUAUAUUGAAUUCAACUCAAGUUGCUAGCUCUAGAAUAGUCGAACUAAGUAAAAAACUACGGGAAAAAAACUCUGAACUGGAAGCACUAAAGACGAAGAACUCAAAAUUGGAACAACUUAUUUAUGAAUUGCAAGAAAAUCCAGUGGAAAACAGGGAUACAGUUUUGCAAGAUGAAGAAAAGCCUAAGAAUGAGUUAGAAGAAAAUAUAAAAAAACUAGAAGAAAAACUGAGUUAUAAAACAAGUAAACUUUCAGAGGUAAGAAACGCAAAUUUUCAGUUAAAAAAUGACUUGAAAUUGAUGAAUAAAUGGUUACAACAAGAAACUGGUGAAAGUUUUGAAUCUCUACAAUCACUGACAAGUUCAAGUGGAUGUUGGAGAGGCAGAGCCCAAAUCAUUAUUGAUUUGCAACAGAAAAAUAAUGAACUGAAAGAGAAGUUGAAAAAUGUCCAAGAAAAAGGUAUUAGCAAAAAUUCUGUGGAAUCACUUUCGAGUAAAGCAGAGAGCAAAAUCAGUUUCUUAUCUAAAGAAAAUGAUGAUUUAAAAGCACAACAUGAAGAACUUAAGAAAAAAUGUGAUGUAUUAAGGGCUAGAUGCCGAGUUCUUGAGAGUGAUUAUACUCUUCUAAAGUCUAAGUAUACGAUGACCAAAGAACAGUCAGAGAGAGAUCAAGACAUCAUUGCAACAUUAUCGGCUCAGAUAUCAAACACUAGGGAGAUGAAAAGUAAUAUAUUGAAAGAGAAGGACAGUUUAAUUAUGAAAAUUGAAAAAGAAAAAGACAUGUUAGCUAAACAAAUCGAAGAAUAUAAAUCUGCUGUUAAGAAAAUCAAAGAUGAUUUGGAACUGAAGACUGAAGAAGUAGAAAAUUUAAAUAAAUCACAGUCUUGUCAUAAAUGCGGAAUUCAAUACCAAAAUGAAAAGAAAGUAAGUCUCUUAGAAGCAGAACGACAAAAACUCUUGGAACUUACUGAACUUCAAAACAACCGUCUAAUGGCAGAGAGGGAGGCACAUUCCAAAACUCAGUUCUUGCUCCGGUAUGAGAAACAACGGGCUGCUAAAGCUGAAGCGAAUGCAGCAAGAAAAGAACUGGAAUCGAACUAUUCCUUAUCAAGUUACAGUUCAUCUAAUAUUUCAGAGAAAGCUCUUGGUUUUAGUUUGAAGGACCAGCUAGAACUUGCAGAAGAGAAUAUAAAAGCAUUAAAGACAAGACUGGAAAUAGAGCAGUUUGAAAGGAAAACUGACUUGCAAGAAUUUGCAAAAGUUUUGCAAAGUUUUGAUAGCAAAGUGGAGUGUAUUGAGAUGUGA